AUGACAACUAAAAGCUGGGAUUCCUAUUUCGACGAGAUAGAACCUGAUAAAUGGCGCUUCUUUGACUUCUACCAGCAUCGUCAACGUCAAAGUGACUUUAAUAACUCAUUUUCAAGGGAAUCUUUCGUGCUGAAGAAAUCAUUAGAUCGUUUGUUAGAGAGGGGCUCGUAUGAGGCUAAGAAGCACGCCAAACGUCUCUUGAAUACAUUUAAGGCGAGUACUUUUUCUUGUUGGAAAGAUUGCAAUGAUUACCUACCUAUGACUAAGGGGGACAACUGCGUGGAAACAACUGCGUGUUGUCUCCUUUAUGAUCUGCGUGAUUGUUGUGGUUUCAUGGAAAAACAUCGUACUAAUUAUGACGAGGUUAAUACCUUCUGGAAUACGGUUGAGACCAUUCAAACCAAACAAAAAGAAUUGGAAGUUAAGAAGAUCGAAGCAGUCCAGAGUGUUUUUGAUGGGGCCAUCACAUACACUGAAGAAGUGUUUGCAACUGCCACGGAAAAUUUGGUGAGAAUAUUAAAAAUGAGAAAAAACGUUCAUUUUGCUGAAUUUCUGAAAGAUAAAACCCCUCUUCCACGUGUUGUCACUCCACGAAAGGAGUCUUUAUCUGAAUACACAGCUGGAUCUGCGAAGUUGCUUGACCAAAUGAAUAAGGAUAUUUUCAGUGAUGAAGAGGAAGUGGAGGAACAUAAUAAUUCGAAACAAAAGCGACGUCAAACAAGAUAUGGAAGAGAUAUCCCAGACUAUUCCGAACAAGAAUCUGAUCAAGAAUAUGAAAAAAGAGUACGCAUAAAACGGUCUGAUUCACGAUCACAUCAUGCAGGCAAGGAUGAUAAACCAGAGAUUGAUAACGGGAAAUUCAAGGAAAAUUAUGAUGAGGAAACCGAAUUGUUUUUUGAAUCCUCUAAUAUAUCAACAGUUCAAGAGUUAGUCACAGAAUCUAUUACAAAUGCGACUGAGGAAUUGGUAGUUAAACUGUUGAGAUGGCAAGAGAACAACCUUAAACAAUUAUGUCAUGGAGUUCAUCGUCCAGAAGAACAAAAUAUCAAUAAUCUUCUAUCUGUUUCAUCGAUAUUUUAUUUCCGACAACAAAAUGAACAAUCCUAUCUUGGUUUUCUAACAGUAAAUGAAAUUUCUAAAAUCCGGUCAGGGGUCAUCUCCAAAUUUGUAAAAAUUACAACUCCGCAUGAAUUGAUAAGUUUUGUGGAUGAAAAUAAAAAGAAAUUUCAACGGGAUUCUCAGGAAGAAAUCGCAAGAUUCAUUAAAUUAUCUGCUGUGAAACAGAAUGAACAGAAUGGGAGUUUAUUGAAUGAAACAUUUUUCAGAUUAUUAGAAGGAUGUGCCACUUGGAAUCCUUCAGUAGAUGUGAAUAAAAUGAAUGAAGGAACAUUCAUUGUAGACUAUAUUGGACCACUGUUUAAUAAGACUAUCCAUUACUUUAACUAUGUCACAAUUCACUCAUGGAUCGAUACAGUGUCAGAUGCAUCCAAAUUACGCCGAGUAACAAGCCCCAAACGUCGGGAUGAGGAGCAUAAAGGUUAUUGGGAUAUUUACCGUGGUUCCAUACAUGCCAAGGAUUCCAUAGAUUUUGACAUCAAACAUCGAGAGAUGCAACCGGAUGAAACAAACCAAAUUGUCAUUUUUAACAAUGGCCACAAAAUGGAAGUAUGUGUUAUGACAUUGUAUUAUCCCGGAAUAUAUUUACUUGUUGAGGUGGAAUCGUGCACCAUACCGAAAACUGUUAGAGAUCUGGGAUCGCUUAUAAAGCUUCACCAAAUAUUGAUGAGUAUUCGGGAGAAUGCGAUAGAUUUGUUGGGUGAGAGAAGCCGUACCACACCGCUUCAAACAAACUAUUCAGAAUGGUUACGUCCAACUGCUGAUACACCAAGUGCAAAAACUGAAAACUAUUUGUCCGUACUUAUGAAAAAUAUGACUAACAAUAAGGAUUAUGAAAGAAAUUUAGAGAUACUUCUUAAACAGUUACCAAAUAAUAACAAUAACAUUAUACCAGCGACUGAAUACAUACACAUUGAGGACAAAGAUGCCUGGGAAGAUCUUGGACAUGAUGAUAUAAAAGAAAAUAAUGAAGAAGCUGAAGAAGAGGAAGUUGAACCAAUGGAAGAAGUCGAGAUAAUAAGUAACAAAACAGCAGAGGAAUUAAUAAAUGCAGUCUUAAUGUUCUUAUAUCAACAACCACCUGAAUUUGGUGAGGUUGAUAAAUUCUGA